CGGCUAGACUCAGCAGUGCAAUGCGCCACGCUGUCGAGGAAGGCCUGCUGGAGACUUCAUCAAGUUGGUGCCAGCUGUCGAGGCAUACAAUGUACUCGACCUAACCUACUCCACUCUCCUGUGUCUCCCCUUUGGUCAGUCAGUAUCACAUAGCAGAGAGCAGCAGCCGCGAAGGGAACUGUGAAACACGCCAACAACUUACUUUCUUCAAACGUGGCUGCCAGCGCUAAUUACUGCGCAUUUUACAACCUUAGCUCAGAGCAUCAGGCCGCACUUCUGCUUUGAGCACGGAUUUACACUUCUGCUAGUUCUGGUCAGCAGAUAGAUAAGUCUACGCUACCUGCCAUCAAGUGAUGAUACCUGACCUGUGCGUUAGCGCUUAGCCUUAGAGCAGUGAUUAGAGACUGGAGGUGCAAAACAACAAACCGACUGGACGGUAUCGUACCGCGUCUCGCAAGUGAAAGCGAAACACUGACUGUCUGUCACUGGCGGAGCCCAGGUGAGUGGAAGGCUCGAAUCGUGACUUCGCCACGCUCAGCGGACCAGCUUCACCAGCAGCACUUCGAUCUGCCGUACCGCGGCACGUCUGCACUGCAGGUUGGCAAUAGUCCACACGACAGCGUAACGCGGAGAAGAGAUGGCAUUCGAAGCAGCCCAGCCUCCCGAGACAGGGGCAAUGUCGGGCACUGGGAUGCCCGACGGUGGGGCAGCAUCGACACCUGGCACACCACUGCCCUCGGGAGCGUCCGGGAGGAGAAAGCAAGCGACGACAAUGGCCACGUUGAAAAAGAGAUUACUGGUCGGGGAUGAGGAAGUGUCGCGAUUAGAGGAGGAAGGACGCAAAGCCAUCAAAUUAGCUACCAAACCUCAAGUCUCCGACCAAUACAAGACGUACAAGAACAAAGUGGUUCUCCAGCCUGGCACACUGGACUCGCCCAAUGUCAAGAAACUCAUCGAUCUCAUACUGGACUGGCUCAAUGAAGUGCUGGCCGAGCGGAGAAUUCUACUGCGCGACUUCUUUGAAGACUUCUGUGACGGGCAAAUCUUGACGGAGUUGUUGGAAGAGCUGACAGGCUCGAACGAGACGAGGGAGUCGGCACUGGCACUAUCAGAAGGCGACCAGAGAGUCAAGCUUAGCCGUGUGAUCGAGUAUGUCAACAGACAAUUGAGAAUCUUCGACGAAGAGGCCAAAUGGUCAGUGGAGGCGAUCUACCUCAAAGAUCCGCUGGCAACGCUACACCUGCUGGUGGCACUGUCUCGCUUGUUCGAGGCGCCCAUCGACCUGCCGCGUAACGUGCGCAUACGAGCACUGCGUAUGGAGGAGGUGGACGACAAAGUUAUUCAUGAGGAAAUCGUGGAGGAAAUUACGGGCAGUGAGGACGGCUUUGGAAAUCGCAUUCCGGAUAAGGAUGUGUUCGAUCGCCUGUUCGAGCAAGCACCAGAUAAGCUUCAAGCCGUAGAAAACUCGUUGCUGACGUUCGUAAACAAACACUUAGCCAAGAUCAAGGUGGAAGUCGUGGACGUGGGCACACAGUUCCACGACGGUGUCAACCUUAUCCAUCUGAUGUGCCUGUUAGAGCGCUACUGUCUGCCAUUCUGUAGCUACAACGUGCGGCCGAAAAACCUGGACCAGAAGCUGCGCAACGUCAAGCUGGCCAUGCAGUUGAUGGCCGAUUCCGGGGUCACACUGCCGCCAAUCAAACCAGAUGACAUUGUGCACAAAGACCUCAAGUCCACUCUGCGUGUUCUCUACGGUGUCUAUAGCAAGUUCAAGUUCUACAGAUGAUCAGAUGAUGGAUCUGCUGGACUUCCCAACAAGCUAAUGCCGUGCUAAGUUCAAACAAGCUAAUGCUAUGGAUAAGCACAAGUGUGUGUGUGUAUGUGUGUGUAUGUGUGUACGUGUGUGUGUGUGUGUGUGUGUGUGUGUGUGUGUGUGCAUGUGUGUGCAUGUGUGUGCAUGUGUGUACGUGCAAGUGCGGAUAUACAUGGGCAUCAUCCUCAGAAGAGAACAACCCUAUAGAUCGACUCAGUGGUUCCCAUGGCCACAGUUUCAAAGUCUGAAUGCAAAUAUGAUAGGUCUGCUGGCCCAAACCUACUUCAUGAAUACUACUGCUGUUAUCGAGCUAGCCGCUCAACCCAAAUUGCUCGUGGUAUACAUCAUAUAUAUGUACAUGUACAUGUACAAUGAAUUGCUCACUUAGUAUAGAGGACAUUGUUUUCUUAUUGAAUACCAAAACAGAGCCUUUAUAGCAGGUUGGCGUCACUUUCUCGUGUUAAGCGAGAAUUCCCUUUCUGCAAGAGUCUUAUUAUGAAGUUUUCUAUUGAACGUAUUACGUUUCACAAUUCUAGAAACGGCUGCAAAGAGAAAGGAAGCUAUGUCGCAAAUCAGAGUUUCACGUUCACCACCAUCACCACCAUCACCACCAUCACCACCAUCAUCAGGUAGUCAGUAAUACUAGUCAUUCUGUUUCACAAUUACUGUCUAGCAGUCAUGAUCUGUUGAAGUUUGAUUUCAUGGUGGUUAAAAUAUUCGCGUUAUGCUCUUCUUGCGAAAUUUAGCAAACAUUAAUAUGUGGUGAGCAUUAA